GGGUAAAUAAAUAAAGAUGCAUGUGCUAACUAGUGGGACUCCGUUGACGAAUGGUGAGGUAUACGCCCUCGUCCGUCGACGUCGUGACGAGCGUAGUGCAGAACUUCAUCCACCUUUCGGCCUCCAACACGUGCAAGCCGAUACUCAAAGUCGGGCAAGUAGUCACUAUGGUCCAGCGGGCCGCCUUCUUCCGGCACAUAUCCAUGGCAGUGUCGGCAACAGCACCUCGUCGGCAGAAGCAUCGCGCUUAUUACUGUCAUCACCCUCCUCAGCACAUUUGAUAGUAUUGCUUACUGAGGUGCGAUUGCUUAACUAUUUAGCAAAUCACGCUCACCUGACAAGCUCGAAGGAUGGUGCGCUUCGCAGCAUUUAUGGCCCCUCAACAGUAUAUGCUCAACAACAGCAGCAUAGAUCGACUCUGAGGAAAGUAGGAUUAGGUAGCGAAGGUGGCGAUCCGGACGUAUGGCCGGGGGAAAAGUGUUGUCUUAACUCCUCUGAAGCGUUGGUUUCUUCUAAAUGUGAAGCCAGCGAUGACAAAUCAGCGUGCACGGACACACGCGAACUGCGGUGCGAAGCUAACCAAGAUGACGUGAGCAGUGUCAAAAAGUGGAAAGAGAUAAUUAUGCAGAAUCGUGCUGGGACGCCGGAGCACAUUCAUGCAGUGCAGCAGAUUCUUACACAUUACGAGCAACAAGGCUAUCAGCAGGAGAAGAAUUGGGCCCAUAAAAUUCGUGUCUAUGUCGAGGCUUUUCACUUUGCUUCUCCGCACAAAACUGUUAAAUUUGAGCCAAGCGACGCCAACGAGGAAAGCUGGAAUGCCUCGAGUGGGGUUCCUUCUUCUUUAAUCAUCCCCUCAGCUGCCGAGGCGCGUCCGGCAAAUACAGCAAACGUGCGGCCAUUAUUAUCAGCACCACAAAAAAUAUAUGCUGAUACUGUAUCGGCAUAUGCCUCUUCUUCUCCUUCACAGGACGCCUAUUCGUCUUUCAUUAGUAUGCAUCAUGAGGGGUUCGUGGCGGAGAGCCUAUUCUUGACGCAACAGGAGCUCAUUCAGUUGGUUGUGGGGAGACCACGAAAUAGCCUUGAGGUUUACCGGUUGCUAGAUAAUCUGACCGAGCGUUUUGGUAGUGAUGAAGAAGCUGCGCUUGGAUUUGUUGACUUCAUCUCCGAUGUUUUUGACACUUCUAAUGAGAAGGGAGAUAAAGAGCUAAAGGGACAAGUUAAAUAA